AUGGGUGCUCCAUGGCUCGACUACCCGCUCAUGCUGCAUUCGUCCCGGAUGGACAUGUGCAAAUUGACUGCAGAGCAAUGUGCAUACCGCAAGGGACAUUGGCGAUACUGGUACCAAGCUGACCAUAUCUACGCGCUGAACACGGUCUACUUCUUCGUUGCUUUCAUCACUGUAUUUGCGGCUGCUCGUCUUGCAGUGAGAUUCUGCCCAUCAUGGCUGUCAAACAAUAGAUUAUGGCGGAAGGCAGUGAGCGCCUUCCGAUUUCUGUCAUACCGAGGAUUUGAAGUUAAAUUUCUUCGCUGGCGGUCACAAUCAAUCGGGGUCAUUCUAGUUGGGGUAGCUGGAGCUAUCUUUUUCUUAGGCAUGACUUUGGGACCUCAACCAUACUACUGGCCCAACACCAGAACUCUGAGCUAUGGAAAUUCGCCACCUAUCGCGACACGAACAGGAUGGAUACUCGGAACUAAGGCCAGCAUGAUCGCUUCGUUGACUGGCGUAUCGCACGAGAGAUUAAUUGUCUUCCACAAUUGGGUCGGGUGGGCCAUGAUGUUCUUGGGCCUCAUUCACACGUUCCCAUUCAUCAUAUUCCAUGUUUGGAAGGGCGAUAUGAUGCUUCAAUGGAGAACAAGUGUGGUUUACUGGACCGGUGUGGUCGCCUUGAUUGCUCAGGCCCACCUGACUUUCAUGUCAAUUCCCAUGAUACGUGAUUACUUUAUUGCAACUGGCGUUCUAUACACUGUAUCCUUCCUUUAUCGUCACCUUCGAACAUAUUGCGAACACGGCUUCAAACACCGCGCCCAAUUAUCCAUGGUGUCCGAAGACACCCUCAAAAUCACCAUCUCAACGAAUAUGCGGUGGAAAUCCGAUCAACACAUGUUCCUCCGUUUUAUGACACUUGGUAUCCACUCUUUCACCUCCCAUCCUUUCACAAUUUGCUCUCUGCCGAGCUCGAAACUGGUCUCCGAACCAUCGAAAUUGGUAUUCCUCGUUUCACCGAGGGGAGGAACCACAGGACGACUUGCGAGCCUUGCCAGAAAACAGCCGAAUAUUUCUGUUCCGGUCCUGCUUGACGGGCCUUAUGGAGGAUUAAAAAGCAAACACCUACAUGAAUUUGAUCAAAGUCUUGUCGUGGCUGGAGGAGGUGGUGCUGGAUUUACACUACCUUUUAUCCUGGAUUGGCUUCGUUCCCGUAAUAGGACAGUGAGUGGCGAAGACACGAAGCCGAAGAAACAAAUGGAUGUGGUUAUCGCUACCCGGGACUCGCAUCUUGUUAAAUGGUUCGCCGAGGAGCUUAAUGAAAUCUUGACAGAAUUCCCGGAACAAGCCAAUACGGACGGGCUGCGGAUCAAUGUGUUCUUAACCGGCCCAACAGACGCUUCAGAAAGUAGCACGAAUUCACUCGCCAUAGAGGAAGAAAAGGGUGCAAUCUCUUCAGCGAAGGAUACCCCGGAGGUAACAUCUCGUAUACAACUCAACGUAUCAACUGGACGACCAAAUCUUCAGUCGAUUGUGCAAACAACAACGCAAGACCCGGAGACGACUGUAGGGAUAUCUGUUUGUGGACCGGCAUCAAUGUUAGGUGAGGUGCAGAAUGAAGCAGCUGCUGCGCAGCUGAGAAUUCUGAACUCAAAGGAAGGCUCGAAGGAGGUUUAUUUGUACUCGGAGAUGUUCUCGUAA